AUGAUUUGUCUCCAGCCGGAAGAUGAGUGGAAGCUCGAGCAAGGUCUCGCGGCCGCCGAGCUGCCAAUCCGCGAUCAAACUCUUCCCGACGGCCAAUUUAUCGAAGAUAUAGCACUCGACCAAGAUGUCAUCAGGGAGGUCGAGGAGGCUCGCGCGUACCUCGAAAAAGAGGAUAUUGAUCCCAACAAGGUGUUCGCCGAGGAACGCGAAGGAUGGCAUGGGUAUAUCGAAUGGGAACAGUAUCCGGAGAAAAAGGCCCUCGCACACAAAAUCAUGAUCACCAACAAAUUCCCCCCUCCGCCAGAGUUCCAGCUCGGUCCUAUUCCUGACACAAACCCGGUCCUGGAAGGCGUCCGCUGGAAACAGUGGCACAAGGCCAUUGGAGGCCCUCUGACCUCAGUCCCCGAAGAAUCAUGGCUUCGGGUCAUCCAGGAGAAGCACCCCGAAAUGCUUCACCUCCUGCAGUUCCCGUACAACGGUGAACCGCCCAAACGAUUGGUCACUGCCAAACCCAUCACCCCGAAUCCCUUGCAUUUCAUUAGAAACCACGGUGGAAUCCCUGACAUCAAUGCGGAUGCAUGGGAACUUAAACUCGACGGCCUGGUCAAACAUCCCCGCACUUUUACUCUGAAGGAUCUGCAGAACGAGGAGAUCUUCCCGCGUAUGGAGAAACUGGUGACGAUCCAAUGCUCUGGUACGCGCCGUAUCGAGCAGAUUAACAUGUACGCUGGUGAAGGUGACGAGAUGAUUAAUGCGCCUUGGGCAGAAGGAGCCAUCGGCACGGCUCGCUACGUGGGUGUCUCACUCAAGAAGGUCAUCAAGCAGUGUGGCGGCAUGGCCGAGGGUGGCAAACACCUUGAAUUCCACGGGGCGGACACCUACUUCAAGCAGAACGAGGUUAUGAACUACCUGGUCAGCGUGCCGUGGUCUAAGGUCAAGGCCAAUGAGGUUAUGCUCGCCUGGGAGAUGAACGGUGAGCCUCUGCCCAAGAUCCACGGUUAUCCUGUGCGUAUGGUCGUCAUGGGCUACAUCGGAGCCCGUUCGGUGAAAUGGGUAUACCGCAUCCGCGCGCUCCCUCACCCAACCCGGGCCCCCGUGCAGAGCAAGGAGUACCUGUACUUCAACCAGCAAGUGGGCAAGCACAACCAGCUCCCCGUGAUGGGGAUCCAGAUCCAAGAGAUGCCCGUCUCCAGCGCCAUCAUGACCCCGUGGGCCAAGCAGGUCGUGGUGCACGAGGGCAAGAUCGCGUGCAAGGGCUGGGCCUACUCGGGCGGCGGCCGCUGGCCGGAACGAGUCGAGCUCUCUGCGGAUGGCGGCUUCUCGUGGUACUCGGUGCCCAACGAGAGCCUGUCGACCAAACACAAAUGGGCGUGGCGGACCUGGGAGUACGACCUACCCUGCGACGUCGAGGGGUGGAUUGAGAUAGUCGUGCGCUGCUGGGACAACAGUCUCAACACGCAGCCGCUCGAGGUGCGCAACUCGUGGAAUUGGGGGUUGCACGUGACGUCGUCGUGCCACCGGGUCAAGAUUUAUAGCGUCAACAAGAGCCGGGAGCAGACACGCAAGAGAAUCGAGGAUUUCGCAAAGAGAGGCGAGUCGCUCGUGCCGAUCACCAGGCCGACAGAGUUCCAGACCAUGACGCCGGAUGAGUAUGAUGAGUGGUGGUCCAGACACGAUCCUCGAGACGUGGAUGAAUGA